GGAUGCAUCUUCCUGUUCUCUAUCUGCUGCUCUUCCUCCUGAGCUCCAGUGCCAAAGCUGGGGAGAUCAUCGGGGGCACAGAGUGCAUACCACACUCUCGCCCCUACAUGGCCUAUCUGGAAAUUGAAACUUCCGAGAACCACCGGUCAGCUUGUAGUGGCUUCCUGAUAAGACGAAACUUUGUGAUGACUGCUGCCCACUGUGCAGGAAGGUCUAUAACAGUCCUCCUAGGAGCCCACAACAAAAAAGUAAAAGAAGACACAUGGCAGAGGCUUGAGGUUGAAAAUCAAUUCCCUCAUCCAGCAUAUGAUGAGCAUUUGAUGCUCAACGACAUCAUGUUACUGAAGUUGAAGGAAAAAGCCAACCUAACCCUAGGUGUGGGAACCCUCCCAUUCUCAGCUGAGUUCAAGUCCAUCACACCUGGCAGGGUGUGCCGGGCAGUUGGCUGGGGCAAAACAAACGUGAAUGAACCAGCCUCCGACACACUGCAAGAGGUGAAGAUGAGAAUUUUGGAUCCUCAAAACUGCAAUCACUUCCCUGAUUUUCACAACGAGCCCCAGCUGUGUGUGGGCAAGAAGAUGCGAAAUGUAUACAAGGGAGACUCUGGAGGACCCCUCCUGUGUGCUGGGAUAGCCCAAGGCAUUGCAUCCUAUGUACAUCAGAACGCAAAGCCACCUGCUGUCUUCACUAGAAUCUCCCAUUACAGGCCAUGGAUCAAUAAGAUCUUGAGGGAGAAUUAACUCUGGAGCUUGGACUAACCUGUGAGGAAAUCUGGAACUGGAAUUGAGCAGGUUUUCUGUGUCAUAUGCUCUGGCCUGCCUACUACCUGCAGAAGCCUUGCCAACUCCCCAGUCUCCCUGAAGGUUCUUAGAUGUCUCAGAAGGUUCCUAAAGGGCAAUACACCUCAAUAAAGACCCAGA